AUGACAAGCGGUUUGUUUAUUAGUCUUGACUAAUAGAUUUGGUUUGUAAUAGUAAAUAACCACUGUACUCCAAAGUUAUUCCCUAUCUGUUCUAUUGAAAAUUAGUGCAUUGUUCUAUUCAUGCAUUUUGAAAUCCUCAACAACACAAUUUUAUCAUGUCCACUCGUGAAAUACUUACUCUACAGUUUGGUCACUAUUCCAACUAUGUAGGAGCACAUUUCUGGAAUAUACAGGAGCUAGGUUUUGACUACACUGGUACAGUAAAAGCGGACUGCAAUCAUGAUAUUUUAUAUCGUGAAGGAAAGACGUCGACUGGCGAAAUAACCUAUACUCCUCGUUUACUUUUGGCGGAUCUAAAAGGUUCCCUAAACACAUUGCCGGCCUCUGGGGGCUUAGAAGAAUGUCAUACAGAAGAGGAUCUUCCAUGGAAUAUUCUAGAAAAGAUUGAAGAACCAGCUGCUAGUAAAAAUGAGUUCCUACAGGAUAUUGACGGUGAAAACUCAUCAAAUAUAAAAAAUAAACAGUAUAAUUUGGAACAAGAUGUUAAAACUUGGACUGACUACUUGUAUCCUAGAUUCCAUGCCCGCACAGUAAAUAUUAUAAAAGAAUAUCAACAUGGAGAUAACAAUGAAAGCUUUGACUACAGUUGUUCUGGCAGAUCAAUAUGGAAAUCAAAUUUUGGAGAAACAUUUGCAGACAAAAUAAGGAAAUAUGUGGAGGAGUGUGACAGUAUGCAAGGAUUCCAUGUAAACUUUGAUUGCACUGAUGGUUUCUCAGGUCUUGCACUGGGAUGUAUUGAACACUUGUCUGAUGAAUACACUAAAAGCAUAGUAGCAUUCCCUAUCAUAGCAUCUCAUUUCUCAGAUAACAAUCCAUCAACUGAAGAAGAAAGAGAAAAGUCCACCUUGAAAGACUCUGUAAGACUUGUUAAUAUGGCACUAUCCAUUGAAGAGUUGUCACAAAAUGCCACCUUUUUUGUGCCUUUAUGUACUGGUGACAAAGGCUGGAGAAAACCAGGCAAUCCUAGGAAAUUUGACUUCAUUACCUAUGACCCAGAACAGUAUUACCAUUCCUCAGCAUUAAUUGCUUCUGCUAUUGAUACAUUAAGUCAAAAAUAUAGACAUAAUACUAAUGUUCAUACAAUAUCUGAUAUAUGUGCAGAUAUGACUGGUUAUGGAAGAAAAAUGGCUGCAGCAUCACUUGGAAUGCCAUUUGCUUUGAAUGAGUCAGAAUAUCUCAUAGAUUAUUUAAAUACUACCACAAAACCUCUAUACACAUCUAUUACACCAAGUUGCAAGAUAGCUACAGACAAAAUUUUCCAGCUCAUCACAAUAAGAGGCAUUCCAGAAUCCUAUUUAAAAGCACCCAUGAAAGAAGCUAAAGAACAAAUGAAUCUUGCUGCAUAUAGCUGUAGUAAUGUAAAAGAAAUGUUUGAAUUAUAUUUUCAAGCAAAUAACUUCCUUUCUGCAACAAAUGUUACAGUGUGUGAGAAACCACUGGAACUGAAAUCACCAUUUCCUAAUAUAUUCUCUAAUAUGCUAAAUAAAUAUGGGUUUGUUAAUAAUGAAAAUCAACCACAGAAAGUAGAAAGCUGUCCAGUGAUAGCAGGGUUUCACAAUGGUAAUUUUAUGGCAGACUUUAUUGAAAAAAUCCACCGGGAUGUAAGCAGGAUUAAAUUUGCAAAAUUGCAUAAAUUCAGAGAACAUGGUCUUGAAGAAGCUGAUUAUAAAGAAAGUUUAGAUAGGUUGUCAGAAUUCAAGGAUAACUAUGAAGACGAUUUUGAGCUUUAAAACUGUUUAUAUUUUUAUUCUU